AUAAUGUUAUGUCUGAGUGGUUUAUAUCCUAACUCUCAAUGUAUUAUGAACCUUUUAGGGUAUGAAGGAAAAACGGAACAUCUUUGAUUCUAUACAAAAUAUAUUAAAUUAAAUACGCAUUUAUGUUUUAUUGUGUGUGUUUGUAUUCAAAUCUUUGGCUAUUUCUGAGCAUCUUAAAUUAGACUCAACAUGUAGGUUUUUCCUUUUGACUCGUAAAAAUGGUUUGCGUUUAGUUUUCUUUACUAUAAUGUUUUACUUUUUAUACAUUUCCAGAUGCUUAUUUUUAUAUCCGACUUAGCAUUCAGUUUUUGAAAAGUUCUUGCAUAAAUAAAAACGUCCAUAUGACGAUUAUUAUCACUGAGGAUUACUACACAUUGUUUUCUCAAGCAUAAACGAGAGACUGAAAACAAUAUGACUACAUUUAUUUCUGCAGACUCGACAAAAUGACAGAGGUGGAGAAAAGGGGGGCCUGGCAGCACGAGAGAAAAAGCGACCAAUGUAAAACCUCAAUUCAAAACACGUGCUUUUGAAACCCGGAAAUAAACAACGCUCAGACUUUAGACCCAAAAAGCUCGCCACUUCGGUGUGUGUCCACUUUCUUUCCAGUCGGCUAUAACUACGCGUCUACAAGCAGAAUGAGGUCGGCUCUGCUUCACGUGACGGUACCACUCAUAUUCUGCGCUGCUUUGGUGAACACGAACCUGUUCGGUGAAGUUGAAGUGGACCUGACUUACGAACAUUACGCAGAAAGAGCGGCUGAAAACAUGCCUGCGUUGUUGGUAAUGCCGUUCAACUGUUUGGUUAACGUGGCGUACAUCUUCAUGGGACUGUACUGGCUGCUCUGGCGCAGCGGCGUUGCGGAAACGGAGCAAAGCUGCUACUUGCGACAAGUCUUCGCCCUCAUGGCCGUUUUCUACGCACCAGUCCAGUGGACGCGCCUGGCGACGAUGCGGCGCGCUCCCGCGGUGCUGGACCAGUGGCUCACCUUGCCCAUCUUCGCGUGGGUCCCCGUGUGGAUCGAUUUCAUAGAGCGCGCGCCGGGGAAGUGGCGCGCGUCGCACGCGGCGGCGCUCGAGCUGUGCUCCGUCGCCAGCUACGGCUUGGCGCUCGCGCACCAGCGCGGCUUUGAGGUGGCGCUGGGCUGUCACGUCGCGCUGGCGUUGUACAGAGGAGCCCGCGUGCAGGUGGCGCGCGGAGACAGCCGCACAGCGGGCUACUUCCUGUUAGCUGGGCUGUCCUGUGCAGGGUUCGUGGUGCUGAAGCUGCUGGAUCACUGGCUGGCUCGGUACUGGGUCUUCCAGAGUCUCACGGGACACUUCUGGUCCAAAGUGUGUGACGUGCUGCAGUUCCACUACAGCUUCCGCUUCCUGACUGCGUUAACAGACAAGGCGCUGAGAAAAACUGCAGCACAGCAGAGGUGAUCAGGAAAAUCACUUUAAUCUAGGAUUGGAUCUAUAUGAACAGCUAUCCAUCAAAUGCAGCUGGAAUUUAAAUAUAGAGACAAGUAAAGCUAAAAAAUUGUUUUAAGUCAUAUUUGUGCAAACACUGAUCUAAAUAGCCAAUGAUGUGUGCCCUUAAGUUCAACAUUCCUGUAAAACCUUCAUCUGGACUACUUCAUUAAUCCUCAGGAGAUGCCAGUUCCUAAUAAAAGUUAUAAUUUGA